AUGAAUUACCAUCGUAAUGAUCAGGGGCUUGCUCGAGGUCCUUCGCUGCCGGUCCCUGCGGAUCCUCUCUGCCUCUUCGCCGGCCAUCACAAGCUGUAUGGCACUGGUUCCUUGGCUCUCGACAAGCUGUGCCUUGGUCAUGGUUGCUCGGCUUGGGAUAGGCAGAAAGCUCAGCGACUGGAUGAGUUGCCGACGUGUACUUGUGGCUUGGAGGCUCCCAGCAGGCCGCACUUGCUUUGGGCGUGUGCACACUUUUCUCAGUGCACUGCUGCUGUUGGAGCUCCUCGUGAUCGCGUCCAGGAGAGAUUGCUCGGCUGUGUUGUGCCGGAAUGGCCGGCUCCGCCGCCUGUGCUUGACACCGAUGGGAUUGUUGAAGACUUGUCCGAAGCUCUUCGUGCUGCUUGGUCUUCCGAGCGGCCCUGGCUACUCCUUGCUACGGAUGGCUCCUGCCACGCUGAGGUUGCCUCCUACUCCGUCGUCGUUGACCACGGCGCUUCGGUUGCCGCUGGCGUUGAGGGCGAGGACCAGACGUCGUACAAGGCCGAGCUGUGUGCCCUGGCUUUGCUUGUCCGUGCUGCGCUCUGCCUCGAGCUCGUGGGCACGCUGUGGGUCGUCGUUGACUGCAAGUCUUUGCUGGACGCCAUCACUGGGCGUGGUGCUCUCAGCUCCUUGGUGAUGCAGAUCUCUGCCGGCAUUGCAGUUCUUUCCUCCAGGGGUUUGCUGCUCAAGCUGGAGUGGGUGCCGAGCCAUGACAAACCUCUUCCUCCUGGGUGGGUCGCGUCAUCUGGUGCUACGGAGGCGCAUUUGAGGGCGCUCAAUGCGCGUGCUGAUCGGGUUGCUCGCCAACACUGUGGUCGCCGAUGCCAGCUCUCUGCUCGCUUGCGCUGCCAUGCUGCGCGUGAAGCUGCGCAGCGCUGGGAGGACCGGGCGGGGAAAGUGGAGGGUCGCGUGGACGACCACGGGUCCCGGCUCGACAUCGUCGAGCUCAGGGUCGAGGAGGCUCAGGCGUACAGGUUUUUGCCCAUUGGGUCGAGCGAGGCCCUUGACAAAGUGUGGGCAGAUGUGGAGAGUGGUGCCACGGAGCGUACGGGAAUCCGAACGGCUGCUGCGAGUGCCGUCCUGCACUACCAACCCGGGAGGCCAGGGACUUCAACCUUUCAGGUGGUGGAUCAGGGGUCGGAGGUGUUUUGGCUUGUGGCGAUGGAAAGCUUCGGAGCAUUUUGCCUGGAGCUCCUUUGCGGCGCUGCUGCUACGAAGCGCAAGCGGAUUGAGCGCUUGCUCACCUCACUGGCUGGCCUGCUCUUCGACUGGGCUGGCGAUGAAGGCGAUGAGCAGACUGCCAAAAACGCGGAGUGCGAGCAGCUCUUUGAACAAAUUGUGCCUUGGCUGCGGCUGCUCCGCGCCCUGCGGCCGCCAUUGCCACCGGCCAUGGUGCUUCUGUGGCUUUCAGCAUUGCUGGGGAGGACCAGUCCUCUUACAAAGCUGAGGUUGUCGCUUUGCUCACCUUGCGCAGAGCUGCCGCGCGACUUCGUGGACGAUGGUGUGGACGUUUGGUCGUCGCCUGUAAUUGCCAGGCUGCUAUCGAUGCUCUCCGUGCCUGCAGCACCCUUUCUGGCUUUGCUCAGGAGCUUGUUGCAUGCCGAGCUGGCGGGUACGAAUUCAUCUCAACGCAAUGCUGCCGCGUCAUCUUCUUGGAUUUUGUCACAAGUGGUGGCCUAA